CAGCCGAAUGCUGCUUCUCUUGCCCUGGUCUUUUUCCAUCGUCCUCCCCACAAGCAAGGCGCCCUCCAUCUUCGCCAUGACCAUCAAGUACUUGAUCUUGCUCUCGCGGCAGGGCAAAGUUCGCUUGGCCAAGUGGUUCACCACUCUCUCCCCCAAGGACAAGGCAAAGAUCAUCAAAGAUGUCUCCCAGCUUGUGCUUGCCCGUAGGACCCGGAUGUGCAACUUCUUGGAGUAUAAAGACACCAAGAUUGUCUACCGCCGCUAUGCCUCCCUCUUCUUCAUUGCUGGAUGCGACUCCACCGACAACGAACUCAUCACUUUGGAGAUCGUGCACCGAUAUGUAGAGCAAAUGGACAAGUACUACGGCAACGUCUGUGAGCUGGACAUCAUUUUCAACUUCCAAAAGGCCUACUUCAUUCUCGAUGAGCUUCUGCUCGCAGGCGAAAUGCAAGAGAGCAGCAAGAAGAACGUCCUGAGGUGUAUAGGCCAGCAAGACAGUCUCGAGGAUAUGGAGGCCGAAGAUGACAUUGUCACCAAGAUAAUGUAACCACGUACGGGCGGACCUAUAUACCUACCACCCCAUCCGUCACCUUGACUCCUACGAUGCCACCUCCGCGGUUGGCUCGACCCCGAGCGUCCCUUCAAAUAUAUGUGGCUAAUAACAUAUGCUUGUUGUCGAAUCAUAGGCCCAAAAGGACAUUGAAGGAAGGCUGCGCGCAAGCGGCAUGCUGUGAACUGUCGGCACGAUCGAUUAACAAGGCGCACAACGGAAUGGUAUACCAUGUGAUGGAGUUUGGUGUCUGGAGUUUCGACACU